GCCAUGGCUCAAGCGGCCAAACAGCUGAAGAAAAUCAAAGACAUUGAGGCGCAGGCCCUCCAGGAGCAGAAGGAGAAGGAGGAAUCCAACAGGAAGCGGAGGAACCGCUCGCGUGACCGAAAGAAGAAGGCCGAUGCUGCUACCAGCUUUCUCAGGGCAGCAAGAUCAGGUAACUUGGACAAAGCUUUGGAUCACCUGCGGAAUGGGGUAGACAUUAACACCUGUAACCAGAAUGGGCUGAACGGCCUGCACCUGGCCUCUAAAGAGGGCCAUGUGAAGAUGGUGGUUGAACUCCUGCACAAAGAAAUCAUCCUCGAAACGACAACCAAGAAAGGGAACACGGCUCUGCACAUCGCCGCCCUCGCCGGCCAGGACGAGGUGGUCCGGGAGCUGGUCAACUAUGGCGCCAACGUCAAUGCCCAGUCGCAGAAAGGCUUCACACCCCUGUACAUGGCAGCACAAGAGAAUCACUUAGAAGUGGUUAAGUUCUUACUGGAGAAUGGAGCUAAUCAGAACGUAGCCACAGAAGAUGGCUUCACUCCUCUGGCCGUGGCUCUGCAGCAGGGCCACGAGAAUGUGGUGGCCCACCUCAUUAACUACGGGACGAAAGGGAAGGUGCGCCUCCCCGCCCUGCACAUCGCGGCCCGCAACGAUGACACCCGGACAGCUGCGGUGCUUCUGCAGAACGACCCCAACCCAGACGUGCUUUCCAAGACAGGAUUCACCCCCCUCCACAUCGCAGCCCACUACGAGAACCUCAACGUGGCCCAGCUGCUCCUCAACAGGGGAGCCAGUGUCAACUUCACGCCACAGAACGGCAUCACGCCACUGCACAUCGCCUCCCGCCGGGGGAACGUGAUCAUGGUGCGGCUCCUGCUGGACCGCGGGGCCCAGAUAGAAACAAGGACCAAGGAUGAAUUGACACCUCUCCACUGUGCAGCUCGGAAUGGGCACGUGCGAAUCUCAGAGAUCCUGCUGGACCACGGGGCACCCAUCCAAGCCAAAACCAAGAACGGCUUGUCCCCCAUUCACAUGGCGGCUCAGGGAGACCACCUCGACUGUGUCCGACUUCUGCUGCAAUACAACGCGGAGAUAGAUGACAUCACCCUGGACCACCUGACCCCACUCCACGUGGCAGCCCACUGUGGCCAUCACAGGGUGGCCAAGGUCCUUUUGGAUAAAGGGGCCAAACCCAACUCCAGAGCCCUGAACGGCUUCACCCCCUUACACAUCGCCUGCAAGAAGAACCACAUCCGUGUCAUGGAGCUGCUGCUGAAGACAGGGGCCUCCAUCGACGCUGUCACCGAGUCUGGCCUGACCCCUCUCCACGUGGCCUCCUUCAUGGGGCACCUGCCCAUCGUGAAGAACCUCCUGCAGCGGGGGGCGUCGCCCAACGUCUCCAACGUGAAAGUGGAGACCCCGCUACACAUGGCAGCCAGGGCAGGGCACACAGAAGUCGCCAAAUAUUUGCUCCAGAACAAAGCCAAAGUCAAUGCCAAGGCCAAGGAUGACCAGACCCCACUUCACUGUGCAGCUCGCAUUGGCCACACGAACAUGGUGAAGCUCCUGCUGGAAAACAAUGCCAACCCCAACCUGGCCACCACCGCCGGGCACACCCCCCUGCACAUUGCAGCCCGAGAGGGCCACGUGGAAACGGCCCUGGCCCUUCUGGAAAAGGAAGCCUCCCAGGCGUGCAUGACCAAGAAAGGAUUUACCCCUCUCCAUGUGGCGGCCAAGUAUGGGAAGGCUCGGGUGGCGGAGGUGCUGCUGGAACGGGACGCACAUCCAAAUGCCGCCGGGAAGAAUGGCUUGACUCCCCUGCACGUGGCCGUCCAUCACAACCACCUGGACAUCGUCAAGCUGCUGCUGCCCCGGGGUGGCUCCCCGCACAGUCCUGCUUGGAACGGCUACACCCCCUUGCACAUCGCCGCCAAGCAGAACCAGCUGGAGGUGGCGCGCAGUCUGCUGCAGUACGGGGCGUCGGCGAAUGCAGAGUCGGUGCAGGGCGUGACGCCCCUUCACCUGGCUGCCCAGGAGGGCCACGCAGAGAUGGUGGCUCUGCUCCUCUCCAAACAAGCCAAUGGCAACCUGGGGAACAAGAGUGGACUCACGCCCCUCCAUCUGGUAGCACAAGAAGGCCACGUUCCAGUAGCAGACGUGCUGAUCAAACACGGCGUCACCGUGGACGCCACCACCCGGAUGGGUUACACUCCCCUCCAUGUGGCCAGUCACUAUGGAAAUAUCAAGCUGGUGAAGUUUCUGCUACAGCACCAGGCAGAUGUCAAUGCCAAGACUAAGCUAGGAUACAGCCCCUUGCACCAGGCAGCCCAACAGGGACACACAGACAUCGUGACUUUGCUUCUCAAAAACGGUGCUUCCCCAAACGAGGUCAGCUCGAAUGGAACUACACCUCUGGCGAUAGCCAAGCGCCUGGGCUACAUUUCUGUAACAGACGUGCUCAAGGUUGUCACAGAUGAACCCAGUGUCGUGCUAGUCAGCGAUAAGCACCGAAUGAGUUUCCCUGAGACAGUAGAUGAGAUCCUGGAUGUCUCUGAAGAUGAAGGAACUGCUCAUAUAACUAUAAUGGGAGAAGACCUUGUUGGCUCCAAGGCUGAGAGGCAAGACUCCAGGGAUGUAGAUGAGGAGAAAGAGCUGCUGGAUUUCGUGCCGAAGCUAGACCAAGUGGUGGAAUCUCCAGCCAUCCCGAGGAUUCCUUGUGUCACACCUGAGACAGUGGUGAUCAGAUCUGAAGAGACAGAACAGCCAUUUAAGGAGUAUGAUGAAGACUCGCUCAUCCCCAGCAGCCCGGCCACAGAGACCUCAGACAACAUCAGCCCGGUAGCCAGCCCCGUCCACACAGGGUUUCUGGUGAGCUUCAUGGUGGACGCCCGGGGAGGCUCCAUGAGGGGGAGCCGCCACAACGGCCUGAGGGUGGUGAUCCCGCCUCGGACGUGCGCAGCGCCCACUCGCAUCACCUGCCGCCUGGUCAAGCCGCAGAAGCUGAGCACGCCGCCCCCGCUGGCCGAGGAGGAGGGCCUGGCCAGCAGGAUCAUCGCGCUGGGGCCCACCGGGGCCCAGUUCUUGAGCCCUGUGAUUGUGGAGAUCCCCCACUUCGCCUCCCAUGGCCGCGGGGACCGUGAGCUCGUGGUGCUGCGGAGCGAGAACGGCUCCGUGUGGAAGGAACACAAGAGCCGCUACGGAGAAAGCUACCUGGAUCAGAUCCUCAACGGAAUGGAUGAAGAGCUGGGGAGUCUGGAGGAGCUGGAGAAGAAGAGGGUCUGCCGCAUCAUCACCACGGACUUCCCCUUGUACUUCGUGAUCAUGUCUCGGCUCUGCCAGGACUAUGACACCAUCGGCCCAGAGGGGGGCUCUCUGAGGAGCAAGCUGGUGCCGCUGGUGCAGGCGACGUUUCCAGAAAAUGCCGUCACCAAGAGAGUGAAGCUGGCUCUGCAGGCCCAGCCCGUACCGGAUGACCUUGUCACCAAACUCCUGGGCAACCAGGCCACGUUCAGCCCCAUUGUCACCGUGGAGCCGAGGCGCCGGAAGUUCCACCGCCCCAUCGGGCUUCGGAUCCCACUCCCUCCCUCCUGGACGGAUAACCCCCGGGACAGCGGGGAGGGAGACACCACCAGCCUGCGCCUGCUCUGCAGUGUCAUCGGAGGGACAGACCAAGCCCAGUGGGAAGACAUAACAGGAACGACCAAGCUUGUGUAUGCCAACGAGUGUGCCACGUUCACCACCAACGUCUCUGCCAGGUUCUGGCUGUCGGACUGUCCUCGCACCGCCGAGGCCGUGAACUUCGCCACUCUGCUGUACAAGGAGCUUACUGCGGUGCCCUACAUGGCCAAGUUCGUCAUUUUUGCCAAGAUGAAUGACCCCCGAGAAGGGCGGCUGCGCUGCUACUGUAUGACGGACGACAAAGUGGACAAGACCCUGGAGCAGCACGAGAACUUCGUUGAGGUGGCCCGGAGCAGGGACAUAGAGGUGCUGGAAGGGACGCCCCUGUUCGCGGAACUCUCCGGGAACCUGGUGCCCAUCAAAAAAGCGGCCCAGCAGCGGAGUUUCCAGUUCCAGUCAUUUCGGGAGAACCGUCUGGCCAUCCCUGUGAAGGUGAGGGACAGCAGUCGGGAACCGGGAGGGUCCUUGUCCUUUCUGCGCAAGGCGAUGAAGUACGAGGACACCCAGCACAUUCUCUGCCACCUGAACAUCACCAUGCCCCCCUGCACCAAGGGGAGCGGAACCGAUGAGAGGAGAAGGACUUUGACGCCGCUGGCCCUGAGAUACAGCAUUCUCAGCGAGUCCACACUGGGUUUUCUCAGUGGGACAGACCGAGCAGAUAUGAAGAUGGCUAUUAUAGCAGAGCACCUUGGUCUCAGCUGGGCAGAGCUGGCCCGGGAGCUGCAGUUCAGCGUGGAAGACAUCAACAGGAUCCGUGUGGAAAACCCCAACUCUCUGUUGGAGCAGAGCGCAGCCUUGUUGAACCUCUGGGUCAUCCGUGAAGGCACCAAUGCAAAGAUGGAGAACCUGUACGCCGCCCUGCGGAACAUUGACCGGAGCGAGAUCGUGAACAUGUUGGAAGGCUCAGGCAGACAGAGCCGCAAUCUGAAACCGGACCGGCGGCACACGGAGCGGGACUACUCCUCCUCGCCCUCCCAGAUGAAUGGUUACUCCUCGCUGCAGGACGAGCUGCUGUCCCCUGCCUCCCUGCACUACGCGCUUCCCUCUCCGCUGCGUGCAGACCAGUACUGGAACGAGGUGGCCGUCAUAGACGCCAUCCCCUUGGCGGCCACGGAGCAUGACGCCAUGCUGGAGAUGUCUGACAUGCAGGUGUGGUCCGCGGGCCUCACACCCUCCUUGGUCACUGCUGAGGACUCCUCUCUGGAGUGCAGCAAGGCCGAGGACUCUGAUGCCACCGGCCACGAGUGGAAGCUGGAGGGCACGCUCUCCGAGGGACCCCAGGGCCCCACACUGGGCUCUCUGGACCUUGUGGAGGACGACACAGUGGAUUCAGAUGCCACAAAUGGCCUUAUCGAUUUGCUUGACCAGGAGGAAGGUCAGAGGUCAGAAGAGAAGCUGCCAGGUCAUAAGAGGCAGGAGGACUCCACAGGUGCAGGGCGGGACUCAGAGAAUGAAGUGUCUCUUGUUUCAGGCCAGCAGAAGGUGCAAGCCCACAUCACAGAAUCCCCCACUGUGAGUCGGGUGAUGGAGACCAGCCAGGACAGACUGCAGGAGUGGGAGGGGGAAGGCUCCAUCGUCUCAUACCUGCAAGAUGCUGCACAAGGUUCCUGGCAAGAGGAGGUCACGAGAGGCCCACGCUCAUUCCAGAGAACAGUCACCACUGUCAAAGUGCUGGAGCCCAGCGGGGCGCAGGAGUACGAGAAGGUCCUGGUGGCUGCCGCUGAGCACACGCAGCCCGAGGCUGAGAGCCUGCAGGCUGGCUGGGAACGGAGGCGGCCAGACCCCCGAGAGUGGGCACAGGAGGCGGAGCGCACCUUCUCUGAGGUGGUAAAGGGGAGUGAGCUUCAGAAUAUUCCAGGGGAGCAGGUGACUGAGGAGCAAUUCACAGAUGAGCAGGGCAACAUUGUCACCAAGAAGAUCAUUCGCAAAGUUGUUCGGCAGAUAGACUCAUCCGGUGCUGAUGACACCCAGGAGCACGAGGAGGAUCACACCUCGACACCCAACCCUUGAACUCCACACACUCCGCCAUGCACACAGGAGGAGAGCUGGACGGGAGGGCCGCACCGUGGCGCCGCGUUCCUCUGGGCUGACACGGCCUGACCUCCGGAAGGGACUUCCUUUAGUCUCCCAACCGCAUGAACGACUGACUGCAGACGCAUGACCUACAGUGCUCAAUCCUGCCUCUAGCGACAGCUGACAGCGGAGCUCUGUCGGGAAUCAGGACAAAAGCAGCGAGAAGGGGGGGAGAGAGAGAGAGAGGGAUGGAAAGCAAGCUCGAGAGAGCGCACGAACACAGAAGUGAACAAGGGCUCUUUGUGGCUGGGGAUGAUAUAUUUUUUUAAAUCAUUUUAAUUUUGACUUGUUACAGGGUACUUAUUUUUUUUUCAACCUCAUCUGUAAGAAAUCCAUGUGGGCUUUCUGGAAAGAAAAAAAAAAAUGAGAACUAGGCGUGAAAUCAGUUCAGCACCUUAAUCCCAUGUCCUCACCUGCCAGCCUCCCCCACCCACACAUACCUCCAUUCCAUCGGUGACAGUCUGCUCCCCUCCCCCGUGGGCACCCCCAACUCUCUGCACCUCACUGAGGACACACACACACAGGCACCUCUGCCCUCUCCUCAGUGUACACACAGAUUUUACUGUGAUGUCCGAAGCUGUAUAGAGUCUCCUGUGGAUAAACUGGAUUUUUUUUUAUGUUGUCUCUCUCUCUCCCUCCCUCCCUCUCUCUCUCUCUCUGCCAGUUUCAGUAUUAAUCAUCUUCCAAUGGAAAAGUCAUUACCUUUAGAGUGCAUUCGGGGUUCCUUGUGUUAGGGACUUAAGAAUCUGAAGUGAGGACCCCAGGCUUAGCUGUAGGGCUCAGCGGGAGCCAGUGCCCCAUCUGAAAGGGUCUCCUCUCUCAGUUGGUGGCGGUCCCAGGGUUGCACCAGCAUGUUCAAUAGAGAAGAGGUUUUUCUAUACCUUCAAGCACUUCUAUCAUAGUCUGUGUUCAAAGUGUAAACUGUACAGUAAUCAGCCUUGUGUAUAUGAAAAACAAUAAAUACUAUGCAAACCAAUAGAAACACUUUAGCAGUAUGUGCAAAGCACUAACAGCUCAGCUCCUGAGGACUUCUCCAAGCUGCGGGAGAAGGAGCUACAGCCUGUCUUUCAGUGAAAGAGGAAGGGAGUAGGGAUGGUGAGUGUAACUGCGGGUUCUCAGAAGUUAGCCACAACCCCCAAGGUCUCCCAGAGUGAACUUGGUGCUCUAAGUCCAGGCAGCCCGCAGGAUGGGGGGCCUAGGCUGGGCAGCCUCAGCGCUCCAGCUGUGACCAAGGCCCUCCGCCCCACCAGGAGAGGUGGGGGAAGGGCCACUCCUGACAAGCCCAGGGGAGGGAAAGCCGGAGGAGGAGGAGAGAGCAGCUGACCAGCAGGAGGCCCGAGGCUAGGAAGGAGACCCCACCGCCAGGCCAGGCCCCGGGUGAGAGCAGGAAGGAAACAGACAGCUGGCUGUUCCUCGCCUUGGUGCCACCAGGGAAGAGCCUUAAAGUUACACUAGAGCCUCCGGCAGAGGGAGGCCCGAAUCAGCACAAUCCGGCCCCGCCCUGCGCGGCGGGCGCCCUCCAGGGCCAGAGAGAGACUGGCAGGCUCUGCUGGCUGUCACAGAGCCACUGUUUGUGGGUGUCCAGUCACCUUCCUCCCUGCCACUCUUCUGACGUGUCCUCAGAACACAUUCACACCUUCCAAGUAGCACAGAAGCUCCCUCAGUGUCAUAGCGCCAACGGCCCUGUGCCUGUCGCCGACUGCACAGGCCCCAGAGGAGCGGGGCACGCGGACAGCCCAGCCCAGGGGGGAAUCCGGCGCUGCGGAGUCCCCGCCCGGCCUAGGCGCUCCUGUUGGUCUGGGCGGAUUCGCUUUUGCUUUCGGAGGGGCCAGUCCGGCAAGCGAAGGCAGAGCUGGCGGCCUCAGGCCCCCAGGGCUGUGCCCGAGCAAGUGCGGCCCCGAACCCCUCCCCUGCGGGGCAGGAGCACAGGGCUGCUCCGCUGCUGGCCCUGAGGCUCGGCUGGAGCGCCCGCCCGCCCCCUGGGCACCCCGGGCUCGGCCCCUUGGCCCCAGGAAGACAGGCGCAGGGCCCGCCCCCCGCCCGGAUCCUGUACCUUCCUGCCCCAGGCCGCGGCUGCAGCCGCCCCCAGUAGCCCCUCGCAGAGCCCCGCGCGACCCGCGGCCCCAGCCUAUGCUUUGGCACCUUCCGCUCCGUACGGCAUGGCUGCUUGGCCCCGCCGCCCGGCCCCCCGGCGGCAUGGCUGCCCGCUGCGGUUGCUAGUAGGAGCUGUUAGGGGAGGAGUUUGGGGUCUCCACACGAUGCCUAGAGAAUGCUGCAGUCUGCACAUUAGACGCUUUUUAGACGUUUUGGAAUUACCUUGAUUUUUCUAAUUGUUAUGAAAAUAAAUCUUUUCUUGACUCUCUCCCACAUGCUCUGUAAUCGGGAGAGAAUUCCUCUUGCCCACUCUGAUGUAUAGACCAUUCUCCCUACACCAGCUGAACAGAUGUCAAAAUUAAUAAAGAAACUGACCCAUGGCA